AGAAUCAACGCCGGUGUGCUUGAUAUUCAACCCCAUAGGCCGUACUCAUUAAGUAAAUAUGUUUAUCUUCAUAUUAGAUAUAAGCUGGAAAAGUUUUGGUCCAAGAAGUCCGGUGAUACUUUAGAGGUUACAGUCUUGCCGCGGCUACAAAGAGAUUUCUGUAACUUAGCUCAAAUGUACAUAUGUAAAUAAACACAUACAUCUUAGAGAUCUAUGUCCACUUACAAUGCUGCAAGAUAAGCUAAAACAGUGGUAUUUUAUUCUAUAUUUAUAAACCGUAGUGAUAACUGCUUUAUAUAUCUUGAAAAAAAUUCCAGAAUUUUCUGUCAGACCAUCAGAAACUUUUACAAAUUAAUUAUUCCCAUGCACUCUUUCUAUUGUAAACGUUUGUUCAGUCAAAUGAAGUAGUAUUAGAUUAUGAAUUUUUAAGUAUUUUUUAUCUUAUAAGCUGUAUCUUAUAUAUCUUAAAAAUUCUACGACUUUAUUAAUAACUGUGUCGUUUGCAGUUCUUUAAAUUUGCAACAAUUCUUUUUAAUGUGCUUUUUCUCUUUGUAAAAUCUGUAAAAUAUUAACUUCACAUUGUGCCAUUUUCACACAAUUUCUGAAACGUGUACUUACAUUUCAUAACUGCCAGCACACAGAAAACUAACGUAUCGAUUUAUGAACAUUUGCUACCACAAGUUAGCAUGCAGUAUUUGUUUUAAUUUAAAUAUUAAAACAUCGCGCGUGUCGAGUCAGGAGUAUAUUUGAGCACUAUGACAUCACGUGACUUCAAGAGGCAUCUAUGAAUACAUCUCAUGUUGUUCUGCGUAUUAUCUACACAAAUCAAUAUACUGAAAAAAAAACCUUGAAAAAUAUUUUUAAAAACUUUUAAAAUGCAUCUACACUAGCAUACAUAGAUAUACAUGAUGUAUGCAGUUUUCUUUUUGAUAACGCUGAAAAUGUCCAGAAACGUGAUUCUCAAUAAUAAUCUAAUUUAAGACCAUCGUACAAAUAUGAAACUGUCAGCCUAGAUAAACUGAUACAAGGUUCAUAAAUCUUGUGAACUCAUUUUGUUUUUCCGUUUGCCCAAUGAAUGGCAAAACAAAAAAGAAACUUCUAUUGUCUAUAGAUCCGUUGUAUGACUGAAGUGGUGUGGAUAGGAAAAACCGGAUCACAAUUUUUCAAAUGAUUUGCGCGCGUUGGGGCAGGUUCUUGCUAUCUAUCUUUAAUCUCAUCUGGAAUUCUCUAGUCAACGAUUUUUCAUGUUAUGUUGCGUGUGUCCGUAUGUCUGCCUUUUUUGUUGUUUAGUUUUGUUUUUCCUGUAAAGCCCCAUGAGGCUAUCCAUAGGACCGGGAUAUGGCGCUAUAUAUGUUCGCCGUAUUAUUACAGACAGUUUUACGACAAAUAAUGAACACUUUACCUUAGCAUAGAGAUGUUGAAAAGUUUUUGGUUUAAAUUUCAUGGUGUAAAUAUCACCAAACAUUAUCUCAGCGUCGAUUAUCUUCGAUUUUUGAACACAAUUCCGACAUAUCUGCGUUGUAUUUAAAUAUGACGCGUGCGCAUUUAAGAGGCGGAUUGCUGAGCACGUGACACCGGCACGACCUCAGACGUGCCUCCAGCAAAUGUUUUCAGCCGUGAGAGGCUCGGCGCAAACACAGGACACUUGCACACAGAGGACCAGAGAAACCAACCAGUGAGGCUUGCUAAGAACUCUCACUUUAGUCAAAGUGCAUCCUCUUCAAUGACGAGCAUAAUCAUCGAAUGAAGAAGAAUGCAGUUUGGGGCGACGUUGUGUAUCCAAGUGUUUUGAUAACGGGUAUAAAGUUGCGCUCGGUAUUAAAAAAGGAUCCAAUACCCGAAAGGAAGAUAAGGUACAGUUCUUGGCAAACUUUGCCUGAACAUCCUAAAGAAAUUACCUCCGUCUACCCUAAAUGAGACCUCUUUCGCAGUCGCGACAGCUGCGCUGUUGUUGUGGAGAGAGAAAGAAAGCUUGCGACGCAGACAUCACAGCGUGGUUGUCCUAGAAACUUCGAAUGCUACCAAGCGAUCGUAUAUGCGUAUCCCACAAUUUCCACUCUAGUGUAUCGUGUCCCGGAAGAAAGACCAGUCACUAAAAGCCGAGCCUAACAAACAGGUCCAGGUGUCGUUUGCUGGAGGGCAAUGGCGGGCGAUUAUAGCAUCAACACAGGUGUCAUACGUACCUUCGGGCCGGUGGAUUACAUGUUCUUCGUCCUCACCCUGCUGGUAUCAGCGGGAAUCGGCAUCUUCUACGCCAUUUGGGACCGGAGGCGAAACACGCCUCAGGAGUUCCUCUUAGGCGGCAAGAAGAUGGCCCUCUUCCCAGUCGCCAUGUCUUUGAUGGUGACCUUCAUUUCUGCGGCAACGUUGCUGGGCAACCCUGCUGAGAUGUACAACUACAACACUAUGUGGUGGUACCUCGUCGUGGCUUUCAUCUUCGCCAUUGCCGGGGCCUGUCGCAUCUUCAUCCCGUUCUUCUAUAACCUUGGCAUCACCAGCACUUUUGAGUACCUGGAAAUGCGCUUUGACAAGCAUGUGAGAAUCUUUGGUUCAAGUCUUCUAAUACUGCAAACGUUGCUGUAUAUGGCAUUUUUGCUGUAUGCACCGUGUCUAGCUUUAAAUGCAGUGACAGGACUUCCUCUGUGGGGCUCUGUUAUCGGCAUGGGGCUUAUUGUGACCUUCUACACGUCGCUGGGGGGAAUGAAGGCGGUGCUGUGGACAGACACCUUUCAGGCCGGGGUCAUCUUUGCUGGUCUGCUGGCGGUACUCAUCCAAGGUUCUAUCGUCAUGGGCGGCUUCAGCAACGCCUGGCUCAUCGCUAGCAACCGCUCCAGAAUCGUCUUUGACGAAUUUGACUUUGACCCCAAGACUCGACACACGGUAUGGUCAAUGGUUGUUGGCGGUCUCUUCUUCUGGGUCUACCUGUACGGCAUUAACCAGGCACAAGUACAGCGCUGCCUGUCUUGCCCUAGCGUCAAGAAAGCCCAGAUGGCACUGGUCCUAAACUUGCCGGGACUGAUUCUCAUCGUUAGUUUCUGCUGUAUGAUCGGAAUCGAAAUGUUCGCGUUCUAUGCAGACUGCCACCCGAUUACUUUUGGCCUCGUCGAAAACACCGACCAACUCCUCCCACUUUUUGUGAUGGACAUCUUGGGACAUGUUGACGGCCUUCCUGGCGUAUUUUUGUCCUGCGUCGUCAGUGGCAGCCUGAGUUCGUUGUCGUCGGGACUGAGUGCUCUGGGAGCAGUCACGUUUAGUGAUGUCAUGCAGACCAACCGUUGCUGUAAAAACGCCUCGGAAUUCCGCUCCACCAUUGAUCUCAAAAUUACUCGUGGGUUUCUACGGAUUGUUAGCCAUCGCUCUUGCGUGGGUUGUCUCGCGUCUGGGCUCCGUGCUUGAGGCCGUUUACGUAGUGUUUGGAAUACUCAAUGGCCCUGUGCUGGGGGUUAUCACAUUUGGAAUGUUCUUCCCUUGGGGCAACAAGUGGGGCGCUUUCUUCGGGACCAUGACCUCUCUGGUACUGCUGCUGUGGAUAGGACUGGGGGCCUUCUUUCACGACGUCAAAACACCGCUGUCGGCGACAAGCACCACCGCCUGCAACUGGACUGCCAAGGCAGGCAUCACAAAGCCGAAUGUCCCCUGACGCUGCACCCCACCGCUGACACCACCACGACAGUGACCCAUUCGUCAUCCGCGGGAGUGCUGGAGCCGCUGUACCAAAUGUCAUACAUGUGGUACACGGGACUGGGCAUGAUCUUGGUGUGGGGGCCUGGCAUCGUCAUCAGCUUCUUAACGGGCUUCACUAAACCGACCUCAAUUGAUCCCCGUUUGAUCUGCCCC